UUUGUGGAUGUGUUGAAGCUGAAGCGGCAGAGCGGAGGUGAAACGGUGAGCUGUGCGGGCUGAGAUUGAAUUAAACAGAUCAUGUCGGCAAGACGGAACAUCGGGGACCCUGAGGUUUUGAAGAAGAAAAUACCCCAGAAUCCUAAGUACCUGCAUAUUAAAUCAAGACUUGAUACAGGUAACAGCAUGACCAAGUAUAUGGAGAAGAUUGAAGAGAUUAAGAGAAAUUAUAGGUACAAAAAAGAUGAAUUGUUCAAACGGAUUAAAGUUACUACUUUUGCCCAGCUGGUUCUUCAAGUUGCAUCUGUGUCUAAUGAUAGUGAUCUAGCUGAAAUGACCAGUGAAGAGCUCCAGAGGCUGGAAGACAGUAACUCAGUGAUAUCAGAGGCUGAUACAGAUCUUGUGACAGACAGAACCAAUGGGACAGGAAGCCCUAGCACUGUACCCAUGAGUGCAGUCCAGUUGCUUGAUAACAUCGGAGAUGGGGAAUCCGUACAGUCUGCACGCUCUACUCUGCAUGGUGUAAUAAGUGGUGUGGGUGAAAUGGAUUUGGGAAAUCGUCAAUCAAAAACAUCGGUCGAUGACUCCUUACCAAGUCCAAGGUCUUUGGAAAAACCUUACCCUGAUUGCCCUUACCUCCUCCUUGAUGUGCGAGAUAGGGACUGCUAUGAACAGUGCCAUAUUAUUGGAGCUCACAGUUACCCAAUAGCAAUGCUUUCCAGAACUAUGAAUUCAUUCACCCAUGAAAUCUUGGAGUUUAAAAACUCUCAUGGUAAAAUUAUUAUACUGUAUGAUGAAGAUGAAAGGAUGGCAAGCCAAGCAGCCACUACUAUGUGUGAGAGAGGAUUUGAGAACCUCUUUAUGUUGUCAGGAGGUUUGAAAGUCAUUGCACAAAAGUUUCCAGAAGGCCUGAUCACUGGUACAUUCCCCAUCACAUGCCAUCAACAGCCAACCCAGAUUAAGUCUGGCCGUAAACGGGUUACCCCAAAAGAGAUUAUAAUACCUGCUGAGAACAAGUGGAGAUUUUCCGCUCAGGAUCUGGAAAAUAUAGAGCAAGACCUUGAAAAGUUGCUUCUGCCGACUGACACUGCCAGCCGACUCAGCCGUAUAUCAACUGGAAGACUGGACUCAAAAACACCCAAAUCCAGAAACAGCCAAUUUCCAUCAUCUGCCAUUUCAGUCAGCUCUAGGUCCAUCCGCAGCACCAGUCCUCAGUCAAAGCCGUGGAAAUAGACCAACUGCUUGUUACUCCCCAUAAUGAACAGUACUCCUCAUUGGACCUGUAUCUGCUUUGUUCCGUAGAGCAGUUUAUCAUUCAGACUCCAACAGUAUUUCUAGGCUAGACAGUUAUUCCUUUCGGGGCUGAACAAGCUAUCGAGAAAAGUAGAAUAUUGUUUAAAGAAAAUUGAAAAU